UUUUAAUCAAGGUAAGAAGAAGUAAGAAGACUCUUAACCGGAAGAGUGCGUAGUAGCAGACCUAGGAGUGGAAUAUAGGAGAGGAAAUAUACUGGAUAUAAAAUAACCGGCAACAGAGAUUCUAAUCGCCGUCGGCGCGUCGCGUCGCGUCGAACUUUAAAGAAGACGCCUAUCGUCUAUCGUUCCGCGUUCUCUCAUAUAGCUCUUGGUCUCCAUCGCUAAGAAAUUGAGGCGCGAUGCUGGGGCAAUGUAAUGGGCGGAGAAAUAUAGAGAGAAAUACAAAGCAACUCCACCAUGAUGCAGGUUUCAAGGUUUUCUGAAGAAUAACAAACUUGGGUUUUAGGAAAUAGGUAAGAGGUUGAAGAAAGAGGAUUAACGUGAGUGGCAAAAGAAGAAGAUAAAUCAGAGCAGGAGGAGCUCAUAUCAGGGCACUCUAGCCAUUAAUUAAAUGGAGUAGAUGCUGAAGUGACUAAUAUUGCCCUCUCUGACACUGAAUCUUCUUGUUCUAAUGGCUGUGGCAUUACGCGUUAAAGUUCUUAGAAAGAAGUCAGAGAGACUUGAGCGGAAAAGAUGGCAGAAAUAUGUGGUGGUAUCAGAAAAGGUUCCUGCCAUAGAAGAUUUGCUGGACAGUGUUUAUACGUCUCUCCGCCCUAAACCAAGUGAUUAUGAAGUUCGAAGAGCUCUGGUUUUUGUCUUUAAUGUAUUGGCUAAGGACAUCUAUGGCCCUGGUAGUGACGCCCCUAUUGUGGAGGAGUUUGGGUCUUUCUUAAUGGACUUAUUCACAACUAAAAGUGAUCUAGAUUUAUCUAUUAAUUUUGGGAACAAUGCGGUUGGGUUUUCACGCGAGAAGAGGAUUCAAAAACUGAGGAAGUUUGCAAAGAAGUUAUACGCUCUUCAACGAGAAGGGCAUGUCUAUGGUGUUCAUCCAAUUACUACAGCCAAUGUGCCUAUUCUUAAGGUUGUUGACCGUGGAACUAGAAUUGAGUGUGAUAUAUCAGUUGAAAACAGGGAUGGAGUCUUAAAGUCUAAGAUAGUACAUAUGAUUUGUUCAAUUGAUGAAAGAUUUGGGAAGCUAAGCUUCCUGAUGAAGGCAUGGGCGAAAGCGCAUAACAUUAAUAGCUCAAAGUUCAAAACCUUGAACUCCAUGUCUAUAGUACUCUUAGUUGCUUUUCAUCUACAGACGCGAAAUCCCCCUAUUUUGCCACCUUUUUCUGCCUUAUACAAAGAUGGAGCUGACUCUGAAGAAGCUGAAAAGUUGGUUUGUAAUUUUUCAAACUAUGGAAAGAGCAAUAAAGAAUCAGUAGCCGAGCUCUUCAUGACCCUGUUAAUCAAGUUAUUGGCAGUGGAGAAUCUCUGGUGCAAGGGAAUCUGCGCAAGCACUUAUGAAGGAUCUUGGAUAUCUAAAACCUGGGACUUCAAAGUUGCCUGUAUUAGUGUUGAGGAUUUCACAGAUCGGUCCCAAAAUGUAGCACGGGCAGUUGGAGUGAAAGAAGUGAAAAAGAUAUAUAAGUGCAUCCAUAAUUCGAGCGAGCGCAUUGCUGCUUUUAUGGAGGGCCGAAUUGAGGGGUCUACACUGAAAGAAUAUUUGUUUGGACAAAGUGGCUGUCGCACUUUGGGGGAUGAAAAAGGUUCAAAAGAUGCCAGCAAAGACAGGAGUGGACAUAAAAAGGAGGUGGUUAUUAAAGCAGGCCAGCAAACUAUUCCACAUAAGCCUGCUGUGGCCGGAUGGGAUAGUGUUCCUUCAGGAAAAUUGGGAAGAUCUGCUACAAAAGUAUGGGGAAAAUCAACAUCAGGAAGUUGGGGAAAAUCAAUGCUUGACGGUUGGGGAGGAUCAACAAUAUCAGAAGAGAACGUAACUGCAACAAGUUGGGGUGGAUCACAAUCUUCAAGCUUAAAGAGAUCAACUGUUGAAGGAUGGGGAGGAUCAACAACAGAAUGUUCAGAGAAACCGACUGCCAAAGCUUGGGGAGGAUCACAAUCAACUAGUUGGGGAAAAUCAGCGGUUGAUGCCUUGGGAGGAUCAUCACCAGGAAUUUCAGAGAAACAAGUUACCAAAAUUUGGGGAGGUUCAGAAUCGAAAAGUUGGGAGAAACCAGCAGUUGAUACUUUUGGAGGAUCAUCAACACCAGGAAAUUCUGAGAAACAGACUACCAAAGGCUGGGGAGGAUCAAAAUCAAAAAGUUGGGGAAAACCGCUGGUUGAUGUAUGGUUAGGAUCAAACUCAGGAAGCUUAGAGAAAUCAACUGCCAAAGGUUGGGGAGGAUCAACAGCCUCAGGAUGGUCGGGGAAACCAACUGCCAAAGGUUGGGAAGGAUCAACUGCAUCAGGAUGGUCGGAGAAACCAACUGCCAAAGGGUGGGGACGAUCAGAAUUGACAAGUAGGAGAAAAUCAACAGUGGAUGUCGGAGGGGGGUGGUCGGAGAAACCAACUGCCAAAGGGUGGGGACGAUCAGAAUCGACAAGUUGGGAAAAACCAAUGGUGGAUGUCGGAGGGGGGUGGUCGGAGAAACCAACUGCCAAAGGGUGGGGACGAUCAGAAUCGACAAGUUGGGGAAAACCAACGGUGGAUGUCAGAGGGGGGUGGUCGGAGAAACCAACUGCCAAAGGGUGGGGACGAUCAGAAUUGACAAGUUGGGGAAAACCAAUGGUGAAUGUCGGAGUAGGAUCACAAUCAAGUACUAGGGGAGGAUCAACAACAACCGGAAGAUCAAAGGAACCGAUUUCAGAGAAACCGUCUGCCAAAAGCUGGGGAGGAUCACAGUUCAUAAGUUGGGGAAAACAAGUGGUAGGUAUCAGGGGAGAAUCACAAACAAGUAGUUCGGGAAAAGAAAAUGAUGGUGGGGGAGGAUCAACAACAUCAGGAAACUCAGAGAAACAGACUGCCAAAUGUUGGGGAGGACCACAACCAACAAGUUGGGGAAAAGAAAUAGUGGAUGUUGGGGGAGGAUCAUCAACAUCAGGAAUUUCAGAGAAGCUAGCUACCAAUGGUUGGGGAAGAUCAGCAUCAACGAGUUGGGGGAAGCCAACUGUGGGUUCCUGGGGAGGAAAAGCACCAGAAUGUUCAAGAAAAUCAGACUCCAUAAAGAGGAAAUGGUCUGAUGAAAAUGAGGGAGGAAUAUCGGCUGGAAGAUGGGGCACGUCUUCAAAGAAUGGCAGGACAGAAGGUAAGCAAUCUACAUCAUAUAACCCAAAAAACAAAUUCAAACGUUUUAAUAAUAACUGGGAAAGCAAGGACACAGGACAGGAAAGCACUUUGCCUCAACCUGCUGUCAGCAGUAGUUGGGGUUGGGGUAAAUGGGACAGGACAUAGGAAAACUGUUCCUAAGAAGAUCGCUUUUAUCAUUCAAACUCCCGAAUGUAGUUUUCCUUUUGCUUAGAAAGUGCUUGGUAUCACUUGUGCAUAAGACUUGGUAGAUACUUGGUCUCUGCAGCCUUUGUUUGUUAGAAGAUCCAUGUAGAUCAACAGUUUCCCUUGUCGGGUUUUAUUGACUUGCAGUGCUGGUGUUAUUUACUUAAAUGAUAGUAUCUCCUUUCAACCGCUUGAUUUCCAUGGCCAUAAUGGCCGGUGGUGGUGUUGAACUUCAGCAACGAGGGUAUUCUCGCAGCAAAUCGGAGGAGGUGGAGGGGAUGGGAAUGCUUCAAAGGGAGGGAGAUUGAGAAAAACUUUUCUUAUUUCAGAGUUUCAGAUUUGAAAAGAAUGGGGUUAUAAAGAAAUUAUAGUAGGUUAAAAUCACUAAAGAGGUGACAUAUUCAAAUAUACUCCCUCCGUCCCAAUUUGUAAGACACUUUAGGAUUUACAAUGUUUAACCAACGAUAAAGCAAACAGUUCCUUGUUCGCACUCAAAUUAUUUUUAAGGAAAAAGAUUAUAUAUUCAGAAACUACAUUAAAAACUUUACAAA